UGACCAACACAAAACAUCAGAGAGCUUUUGCAUUCUGUUCUCAUUGUUUUUUUCUGCAAUGCCUGUCUCUACAAUUUCCUAUUCCUCUGAAUCUAUAGAGUUGGGAUCAAUUGGAUCGAGAGAUCCACGAGUUAUUGCAUCUAAUUCUAGAAACAUUGUUACGCGGCAUCAAGAAGACAAUCUGAAGAAACGGAGAAUACACAAAAAGAUUAAAAUGGCUUCACGCGGCCGUAUAUGUUGCAUUGGCUUUUCAUCGACAUUCGCCAUAGUCUCAAUGAUUCUUCUUGCAAUAUGCAUGUUUUCGGCUUCAUUCCGAUACAACUUAGAUAAUUUGGGAGGUGUUAAAGAUUACGGAUUGUUCAGAUUUUGCUAUACGCCAAAAUCUCAACCAUUAUCAAGAGAUGAUGAUAGUAACUCAAAGACUUGUCAUCUCCGUAACUACAUCAACUCUGCACAUUGUCAAGAGGGUGGUUCUCACACUCAACCAUCCAGGGACUGCUUUGGAGAUUUCGAAUUGGCAUCAAUUAUUCUGAUUUCUGCGUCUCUUGGAUGUUGUAUUCUUGCAAUUUGCUUCGCGAUUUGCACAAUUUUCACGUCAUUUGGUGCACUUGCUCAUAGUGUCGUUCUGAUUGCAGCAGCAAUGUGUUCUCUAUCUGGAUUUUUGACGUAUACCUACUAUUACGAAUUGAAAGACAAUCAAUAUGAAUUGGUAUCCGGAUAUCAGUUUCAGAUUCAUUACGGUUGGGCAUAUUAUGUUUUUGGUUUUUCUUCCCUCCUACAGUGGGCAGCUUUCGUGUGUAGUCUGUUUGGUUCUGCAUUCGUUCUCGUUCACAAAAAUAAAAAACGACAGUCCAAAGUAACAAGUACAUCACUCUAAAACUUUCACAUUUCGACCAAUUUCUUUUCACUUUUCAAAAAUAUUGCUCUUUCGCGGGUGUCAUCCCCAAAACUCUUUCACCUUAUUAUGUUGAUAUGUUAGCUAAUAAUGUAACAGGAUAUUUUGAUUUUCUGAAUGACAUUUGAUAGCUACUUCGUUAUUGUGGUCUGUAUAUAUUUAAAAAAAGAUGAACGUAUAAAUAAAUUCAAUGCAUUUAUA